CUACCACUGGCAGCAGGGAAAAACCUGCCCGAAGCCGUAGUCCGGCCCGUCAAACCAGCGUAAAGUCCGUACGCAGGGGGAGAGAUAUGAGCGCCAAGGCUCGCUGGAGUUACAACAAGAAGUUCGCUACCCAGGCUCGGUCAAUCUAAGCGCAAGGCACCGACACCGCUGCAGAGCAGAGAAACGAAGAAUAACACACAACAGACGAAGACUACAAGAUCUCUCUACGAGGAGGACGUUGCCUAGCACGAAAACCCCGCCGCCAACCGACCUCGCGGCGGCACCUCAAGCCACGCGCCCGCCGGGGCCGAGACAGCCCAGCAGCAGCGGCCGCCAGGGUACACAAGCAAGGCACCGCAAGCCCUCCCCCAGAUUGCAGUAGUACGGAGACGCUGCGACGGCGAUCAGCAUCAUGUCGACGUCUCACGCGAUCCUCCGCCUAGCAUCUCGCGGCCCCAGCACCGGUGGUCGUCGCCGGCUCCUAACCUCCGCCGCCGCCUCGUAUGGCAGCGCUUCGAGAAAUGCUACUGCGGCGUCAGCAGCGGUUGGACAAUACGGUGUCGCGACGAACGGGAACAACCGGUUAUUUUCCUUGUCGACGGCGGCGGCGGCUCCGUCUGUGACCCAGACUCCGACUCGGGGUCCGACUCCCAGCCCUGCGUCUGCUACCGAGUUUGACACCGACUUGCUGGUGAUUGGCUGUGGCAUCGCGGGCGCCUCCGCGGCCCUCCAGGCAGCCAGGCUGGGCAUGACGGUAACCAUGCUCUCCUCUGCCCGCAACGUGGACGACUGCAACUCGUUCUGGGCCCAGGGUGGCAUCAUCUACAAGGCCGAGGACGACUCGCCGGAUCUACUCGCCUCGGAUGUCCACGCUGCGGGUGCGGGCCUCUGCAACGAUCCCGCGGUCAUGAAGCUGGCCGAGGAAGGGCCCGGCAGGGUGGAGCAGGUGCUCCUCCGCGGCACCUCUGAGGUUCCGUUCGACCGAGAUGCCGAUGGCCGCUUGUCGCUGUGCCUCGAGGCUUCUCACAACCGCGCUCGCAUCAUCCACUGGCGCGACGAGACCGGCAAGGCCAUCACCACUACCGUACAGGCCGCAGCCGCGCAGCACCCGAACAUCCGCAUGAUGACGAGCACCACGGCGGUGGACCUGGCCCUCGCGGCUGGCCAGUGCGUUGGCGCGCACGUUCUGAUCCAGGAUUCCGGCAUGAACGGUGGCAGCGGGAUGGACCGCGGCGGCGGCUACCACCUAAAGACCAUCCGCGCGCCGGCGACCGUCCUCGCGACGGGGGGGCUGGGCGACCUGUACGCGCAUACGUCCAACCCCGCGAGCGCCAAGGGCGCCGGCUUCGCGAUGGCGCUGCGCGCGGGAGCCGUCCUGUCCGGCAUGGAGUACGUCCAGUUCCACCCGACCACGCUCCACAUCCCGGGGCAACGGAGCUUCCUGCUGACGGAGGCGCUCAGGGGGGAAGGCGCGAGGCUCGUCGACCGCAGGGGGCGUUGCUUCGCCAAGAAUUACCACCCGGACGGCGAGCUCGCCCCGCGGGACGUCGUGAGCCGGACCAUCCUCAGCGAGAUGCGCCUCCAGAGGGCCCCCCACAUGUAUCUCGACAUCUCGCACCGUCCCGCGGACUGGAUCCGGGGCCGUUUCCCUUCCAUCUACGAGCACUGCCUGAGGCAGGGGCUCGACAUGACCGUGCAGCCGCUCCCGGUGGUGCCCGCAGCGCACUACUUCUGCGGCGGCGUCGCGACCGACCUGACGGGGCGUACGACCGUACCCGGACUGUUCGCUGCCGGGGAAGUCGCCUGCACCGGUCUUCACGGCGCCAACCGCCUGGCGUCGACCUCCUUGCUGGAGGGCCUCGUCUGGGGCUGCUCGAUCGCUGACCACCUCGCCGACCGCGGCAACAAGGACUCAAAGGACGGGCUGGCGGCGUCGGCCGAGAUGGCCGCUCUCGCGCCGCCGAGGGUCCCGGGGACCGCUGCGAGCGGGGGUGGUCCGGUGGCGUCGGCCAAGGCUCUCUCUUCCGCCUGGAAGGAUCUUAGGACCAUCCUCUGGGAAGACGUCGGCGCCGUCCGCAGGAGCUCUUCCCUCCGCGAGGGCGCCCAGCUCCUCUCGGACCUGGCCGACCGCUGCAGCCGCCUGUACGACACGUCCGCCCUGUGCCCCGAAACCGUGGAGCUCCGAAACGGGGUGCAGACCGGGGCCAUGAUCGCCGCCGCCGCCGCGAGCAACGAGUGCUCCGUGGGGACGCACUUUGUCGAGGAGGAGGACGACGAGAACGACCACGGGCAAGCCAGGGCCUAGACCGAAGUGGCGGAGCGUCGUGUCGUGUGGCGUAGCGCCCCCACCGCCAGCACGUGGACGUUUUUCUGUUCCCACCGCUCUAUAACACUUGGACGACUGGCGUCGUCGGGUCUUGUCGCAUCACGCGCCCAUAGCCGACAUGUGGACGACAGAUCAUGUGGUUCGUUCCCAUGGCCGAAACAUGAACGACUGACGUCGUAGUCUGUUCCCACCGGCAACAUAUGGACGCCUAGUGUUUUUGUCAAAUGUCUGCCCCUACUUUUUUUUGGUCUUGUCUUUUUUGUCGAGUUUGUAUUUCGUGUUGCGCGAAUGUUUAGGCGUUGUGGUAAGCGCACAAUCGUGAAGAUGACCCGUGUUUUCGUCUUGUAAUAGCGUAGGCGUUGUGUGCGCGGUCACUCAAACACAUAUCGUAGUGACCGGUAGUUUUGGGCUACUCACUUUGUGUCUAGUUGGCUUUAGGUUUUUUGGACGUACGGGUUUGCGAGUGUACUGUAGUACAUCGGUGUCUGCGUUGCAUACAUGAUCGGUUAAGUACUCGGCCUCGCAGCCACGGUAUGAGAUGGUACAACGCCGUCGGCAGUACCCACACAGUAAUACGAUGGUUUGGUUUUAGAAAUAAGUAGGACGCGAGGGGAGCUCAAUUUUUAUGUCAACAUGGGCCCAGAGAAUUCCACAGAAGACUUUGCACGAAAAACCUUGGAUGAUGACGGAGGGCUGUGGGCAUUGAAGGCCUCGCUCGUGCUUACGAAUAUCCUUUGCGCUUCUGUCGCUUGCCGGUUGUUGGGCUGUGUUCACGCGAGAAAGAGGCGUGUGGCGAUGGGAGGGGCGUAUUGCACACUUGUCAGGCUCAACAUAAUAGUGGGAAGAUGGUAAAGGUGUUGCCAAGCACAGGGAGAACGGAUCUUGGUGACAUGUGCGUAUCUGUUGAAAAUACGGUCGUUGUUGUAGAGGACACCUGUCCGUGGGAAGAGUAGGAUUUCCGUUUACUAUUUUGCGUGAGUCGUGGGAAGGUAGGACGACCAUAAUGGUGAAAAAAAAUCCAAGAGAUGGAAGAGACCCCCGUCAGCGCACAUGCGCGUAGGUUCGUGGAAGACAACGGAUCGAGAUAGCCUUGACGUGUUCCGUAUGCCUUUCGCCAUUUAUUUUUUUUUGCCAGGGUUAUACAAACAGCACAACGUGUUCGGCCGGGGAGUUUGGGCCAAUGCUGUUCUGACAUUCCUCCACCCUACUUGCGUCCGGUCC